CGUCACCCACUACGAAGUGUCACACCAUUCUCAACACAAAGUAGCUUCCUCUUACUAACGUGUUCAUACAGCAAUACACCAGUAGUUUCUUUUCUGGCAGGAUGUGGCGGAGGACCCGGACUUAACUGGGACAACAACUCGCGAACCACACAUUUAGAACUUUAAGAGGACUAUAUCAGUUCUUUCCAGUGGAUUUUAUUAUCUUUUAUUAUCUUAAUUUUUCACUUCUGAUGGCGUGAGGCCAGCGAGUAUAGCAUACAGAUAAUAGAACUUUAUUUAGUUGUUUUUCUAAAAGGAAAGGAAAUGCCUACUGUCGCUCGGUAUAUGAGUUUUCGUUCGUCAAAGCGAUUUAAAUUUAGCAGCUACCCGGUAGAGAGCAGUGGUGGCGGGCUGCCAGCCAAAGUGAAGAAAAGCAGGAGCAGCCUAAGCAAUGGCAGCAUCAAGAAGGUGGAGACGAGGAAAGCCUUGAGCUUGGAGGCAGCCCAGCUCGAGAUCCAACAACAGCACAAAACCCUCACCAGACAAGUAGCCAUCAGUUCGGAGACGUUCGAUGUCGACAGCAGAAGCUUUGAGAGGACAGAGGGCACCGGCACACAAAGCAGUUUCAUGAAGCACAACAAAACAUUCCACAAGUUGUUUCCAGACAUUCCUAAAAGUGAAGACUUGAUACAUGCAUACAUCUGUGCCCUGCAGAAGGAAGUGCCCUACCAUGGUCGACUCUAUAUCACUGACACUAAUGCCUGUUUCUACUCCUCAGUUCUGCUCAAGGACACUAAGGUAGUUAUUCCUGUUUCCUGCAUCCACAUAGUGAAAAAGCAAAACACAGCUUUGCUGGUUCCCAACGCCUUGUCGCUCCGCACCUCAGAUGGAGACAAGUACCUGUUCGUGUCGCUGCGGAACCGAGAAUCCUGUUAUCAGCUGCUGCGUUCAGUAUGUCCUCAGAUAGAGGAUGGCAGCACAAACAGUAGCCCUAUCUUCUCCUCUGCUGAGAACAGCUUCGAUAAGAGCAAACUGGUGAACACCAGCCAGUCCAGUCUGGACGACAGCUUCGACCAGUUCGACGGCUCCGAGUCCCAAUCUUUACAGGAGCAGCCUCUGCACAGACCACACAGAGAGGCGGUGCCUAAUGCAAAUGUCUCGGCGUUCAGGAGCCUACACCUGCAGCAGAGUGAUAGUUCGUCCUCAGAGGAGCUGUCGGCAUCAGGUGGAUCAUGGGUUUGGAAUGUGACAGAAAAGGCCAAGUCCCUGCUGGUUCAGAGAGAGGCCAGCACCCUCAACACUCUACUCUUCAUUUACUUGAUUUUGGUUGUGCUGCUGCUGCUGUCGUCCGGCUACAUCGGUUUACGUAUCGUGGCCCUGGAGGAACAGCUUACAUCCCUCGGGGCUCUGCCCGAGUUCACAUUACAAAGCGGGUACCGCCGAGGCACAUAACACACUGACUGAAGGAGAGAUUGAUCGACUAAUGACUGGAGGAUUAUUUCGGCCUCUUCCAGCAGAACACAGCGGGAGAAGCUCCACGUACUCAGACUGUGCUCCCAUCAUGGCCUCUGCUGUUGGCUAGAGGAAGAAAAAAAAAAAAGGCCAACCUGUGCAAUUCCAGAGACAACUUGUUAACUUGAAGGGCUAUACUUCUUCUUAGUGCAGUAGUCACACAGAGCCGAUGCCAAAACGCAUACACGCGCUGCCUGGUUGCAGCGUGUCCGUCGUUCAAACCAAAGCCAAGCGGCUCGAACUUGCGUGUGCCACACUAGCCGAGUUGACAGGCACUUGGCUGACAGAAACUGUUCCACAUCUGUGAACUCGUGUUAUUCUCCAUCGUCCAACAUUCAUACUCUUCUCCCCCCGAGCAUGCAGUCUGAACAGGGCUAUACCAAUCAGCAUUAGCCUGCUGUAGUGCUUAUUAUUGCACCUCAACACCAGAGACGUAGUGCGACGCAUAGCCAAAGAUGCACAUCUUUUUUUUUGCAUGAGUACACGGAGAUGACUUUGAAACAAUUUUUCUGUCUCUUUCCAGCCGUCAGCGGCGUGUACAAAUCUGUCUCUGUCUUUUAAAUCGAGUGACCGCCGGGUACUUCUCUUCUUCAAAUGGUUCUAAUCAGCUGUGGGUUGACAUGACGAUGGCUGAAAUCUCAAUCAGAUCAGCCUAUGUAGGCUUGACACUCUCCUGAUGGUCUUUUUUUUUUCUCCUUUCUCUCCUUCUCAAACCAGCAAUGAUUGCAGUAUUACUUUCCUCGUCUUUGGCAUGAUUUAAACUGGUUUAAUGAUCAAUGCUCCGAGGUAAUUUUUCCCUGCGGUCUCAACUGGAUGAAUGCAUAAUCAAUGCACAAAUAUUUAGUACAAUAGGACACAAGGAGGUUGUCUCAGAGGCCUCUGUAUGUUUUUGUGUACUUUUUCUAUGACUUUGGUCUUCGAGAGUAGAUUUAAAACCUGUCUGGUUCAGAUGUCCGUCGAUGUACUGUCUACUACGACACAUUGUGUUCAAAGUACAAACCUCUCUCUGUGUCUUGAGGCAAGUGGCAUUUCUAGCAUUUUCAGGUUAUUUAAAGUAGCACCAAUAAUGUAUUUCUAAUGUUCAUGCAUGUGUCUACAAUACCGACACUGAUACUGUAUAUGCGUUCUCACUCUUGACAUCCAAAGAGAAUAGAGAAUGUCAGGUCCAAGGUUUCAACAGCAAGACUAGUGGUCCCAAGAAGAAAUUUCAAUAUGCAACAAGUAAUUAUGCAUGGCAAAAAACGUAAUUUAUCUUUGUGUGCUGUUUUUUUUUUAAAUGGAGCUUGAUAUUUGUGGUGGGAAGAAAUCGUGUAAGAAACAAGAGAGAAAAAAAAAACAAAGAUGUGAGGAAAAAAAUAAUGAACGGCUCGAGCGAGCAAGCGCACUUUAAAAAAAAAAAAGACGUGUGGUGCCUGUCACAAUCCACUACACCGUGUUUUCGGAUUGAGGAGAAAAGGCAAAGCUGGCGUUCUGUGGUAUCUGACGGUGCUAAGACUUUUUAAAACUUUGCUUUCACUCAGGGGUGGUGGGCACUACCUGCCACAAGGUUUUAGGUCGUCAUCUUUUUCCUUUUUUGUCACUUCAAAGUCCAGCGCUCGCGAUGGCGUUCACAUUCUGUACAUCUUGGCUUUGGUGGUUUCUCAAAUGUCCCUUUGAGAAAAGAACACCACUUUCCGUUGAGAUUGACUUUACUAACGGAUGUAAUUGUAUUCAGCUUCUCAGAUUGUUUUUCUUCUUCUUUUUGUCCCCCCCUCCCUUUAUGGCCAUUUUUAAACUAACCUGACAAUGCAUAUCCACAUCUCAAUGAUUUAACGUCACCCUUGUCAUGGAGCUUUUUGACGAGGUGUAGCGUACCUGGGUUUGCUACAUCCCGCUUCAAGAUGGCCAUACUAAGGUUUUUGUCAUCAUGCCAUACAGUCAGUUCUUAUAACCCCCUCCAGGGGGCAGCACACACACACAUCCACUGUCCUUGAAUGGACUCCAUGCAAGAAUCUCAAUGAUGAGGGCAGUAUUUGUGUGGUUUUGCACUAUUCAAAGUGUUGUAAAUAAUUUUGUAUCAGUUGUUAAUGUCCUUAAUUCUACUAUGGUCCUACAUAUAUUUAUUUGCAUUCAGUGUAAUUCAAAGUAGUCUCUGUGAGAUGACUUUGCUAUUGUUCAAAAAUAAAUCAAAUGUUGCGAAGUAAA